GUGAAUAUUUACCGCUUCGUAACAAAAGCAUCAGUGGAGGAAGAGAUUGUUGAGCGAGCAAAACGAAAACUCGUCCUGGAUCAUCUUGUUAUUCAGAGGAUGGACACCACCGGUCGAACAGUGCUUUCCAAGUCCACGGUAACGAACGGCUCGAUGCCAUUUGAUAAGCACGAAUUGGCGAUGAUUUUAAAAUUUGGCGCCGAAGAGCUUUUCAAAGAGAAAGAAGGCGAGGAGCAGGAGCUGGAAGUUGAUAUCGACAACAUUUUGCAAGGUGCCGAAACAAGGGAAUGUGAUCAGCAGGAUUCGGGCAGCGAAUUGCUCAAUGCAUUCCGAUACGCUGAUUUCGCAUUUGAUGAGAACAAAGAUGUGCCGACAUUAAACAACCCAGCCGAAAUGGCGCACAAUGAACUGGCAGCAAAAUCGUGGGAUGAUAUUAUCCCGGAAGCCGAUCGUAAAAAAUUCGCAGAGGAAGAGCGAGAACGGGUCGAGAAGGAGCUCUUCUUGGGACCAAGACAGAGAACAAAAUUUUUAUUCCUCAAAACUCAAGCACUUCUUUAUUUAUAUGAUGUAUAA